CAACCCUGAGCUACAAAUAUUUGCUUCCAUUGGAUAAAUCAAAACAUGAGUUGAUCUGCAUAGAAGUCUGUCUUCCAAGUGUGUAGCAGAUACACUUUUACGGCACGUACUCAAAAGGAGUGUCCUUUACUACUACUAUUUCCACUAUUUCUCAACCCAGGAUCGUAAGCUGGAUUCAGCUUUCUAAAAAAUGCCAUAGAUCUCCUGUUCAGGAAAGCAGCAUACAUAUAUUAAGGGGAGAACCUUCCUCCUCCAGGUUCCAGUACAGUAACCAAAACAAAUGGCAAAAUUUAAAGACUGAUUUAUUAAAAAGAAACCAUUUGGAUGGAGCCUCUCUUCCACUAUACUUAUUCUUUAGCACAACAACUCAUACAUGUGUGUGAUUGAAACCCCAAUAUUCUUUCACAUGCUCUGAAAAGAAUAAUAAAGUUGUUCCAAAUGUUUGGACUCUUAGCUCAUGGAAUUCAGUGGAAACUUCUUAAUUUCAUUUAACUCUGUUUCUCUAUCUGCAGGAAGAGGUAGUUUUCAAAAGCCAUCAAGUUCUUCCUGCUUAAUCAGUGUGAUGUCAAAGAAAAAGUCUGAGAAGGAGGAAAAACAGCCAGAAGACUCCAAGGAAAUUAAACAAGACAAGGGGAAUACUGCAACUUCAGGGAAGGAAGGUGUUCCAUCCAAGGUCAAACCAAAAGAUAGUCAGCCUGCUGAAGAGUCACCCAGCCAGACUGCCUCUGUUGCAUCUCCUGGAGCUGCUGCACAAGUAGAAUUGCCAUCUAGAAUUGCAGAAGUCCUUUCUGACACCAAAAAUGGAAAUACUGUACUGGAUAAGCUGAAAGAUUGUGAGGCCACUGAAGAUCUUCUCAGUCAAGCUGUCCCUAUUUUGUCUCCUGGAGUAUCUACAGAGGAUGAAACAUCAUCUUGUGGUGUAGAAGUCCUUCACAGCACUGAAAAGGAAGAUUCCGUAUUGCUGCAAGCCAGCCAGUCUGCACAACAUUCCAGCCAUGUUUGUUCACCCACAUCGGUAGAAAUACCAUUCCUCUCGGAGAAUGCCAGUGAUGACCAGUCUGAGAGAAAAGAAGAAAUUGAGCUGACUGAAACUUCAACCAAGCAGAAUGAUACAGACCAUUGUAAAGCUUCUGUUGCUCCAGCUCUUGAUUCUUCCAGCCUUCCAAGUACCCUCAGUGAUAUUCGCUAUGUGCCUGUGCUAGUAAGAGAAAAAGAUACUGGAUUGCCAUACUCUUGGGAAGAUGUUCCUUUUCAUGCUGAAAACCAGAGAGGAUGGGCACCUGAAGAUUAUCAGGAGCCACCCUGGAGCCUGAACCAAGCUGACCAGUGUCCCAAAGCCUCUGAAUGUUACAGAGGUUCAGAAAGUUCAGUAUCAUCUUCCAUUUCUCCUAAUGGAAAACUUAAUGUUGGAAGACUGGUAGAAUGCAAGUCUAGUUCUCCAAAGAAUCAUCACAGCAGCAAUUCCAAGCAUUCUAGCACAAAUCAGACCUCAAGUCCAAGUUCCCUUGGCAGGCAAGGGUAUAGCUCAAGAUCCUCUCACAAGCAAGAGCGAUCCACCGAAAGACAAGAAAGAAGUUCAGAAUUGUCCUAUAGGCGAGAACAUAGUUCAAGAUCUUCUCGCAGACAAGAGAAUUCCCCUCAGAGAGAGAAGCUUAAAUCAAAAUCUUCUUGCAGGCAAGAAGAGUCUUCUCAGAAACAGGAAUGCAGUUCAAGGACCUCUCCCGUGCAAGAACAUAGUGUGAGGUCCACGCACAAGCGAAAGCACAGUUCAAGGUCUCCGAAAAGGAAGCAAAGUUCACGAUCUCAGAAGUUGGAUAGGUGGAAAGAGAACAAGUUGGGAAGAGGUGGUUGCUGCCAUUGCCAUUGCUGUUGUCAACAGAGCUGCAGUCCAUCCCGUGAGGGUUCCUGGCAGGGGCGUUCCCCUCCUCCUUACUUAACUUGUAAAAUAAAAUGCCUCCAUGUUUCCAAAGAAAUAAGUAAAGUCUAUAGCAUACCAUACCACCAUUCUUCAGAGAGGUCUAUUGGGAAUGAAAAGAAAAUAAGAGAAAACAAACCAUUGGUGGCACCUCAGGUAAGUGAAAAGAAAAAAAAGAGCAACAUCAGAGAAUGGAAAAAAGGCUUUGAAGUCACCAACCAGAAAGAAGAAAGCAAGCUCUCCUUGCCAUCUUAAUGCUGAAGAAGAAACUAGUUCUUCAGUCCUGUCCAAGGACCAUUCUGCAGCUGUGCUGGCAAGAAAGGAAGAGAUUGAACAGGCCUACCUGCAGGUCCUUCUCAACUUUGGAGUAAUAGCCAUCAUGCUGGUGGAAAAGGAACCCUGCAUGACAGAAGCGAUGUACUCAGCACUACGAGCCAACCUGAGAAAGAUUGGAGACUACUAUGAAAGCCUGCUGAAGAACUACAUUGACAGCUUAACUGAAGCCAGCUGAGAAGACGUCAGAUUGGCAAAUCCACCUAAAGUAACUGAGGCCUUUUCUAGGACAGUUAAUGAGAGGAAGUUUUCUGUUCUUCAGGCCUGGGAUGAAGCAGUGGACUUGGAGAAGGCUUCUUUUUGGCAGCAAAGUUGAGAAACCACUUUCUCUUCCAACAGCUACAAUUUGGAAUUUGGAGGGGGGUGGGACCCUGUUUUUAAGAAGAUAGGUGUGAUCAUUGAUUCCUAAUGGAUUCUGAAUGAGUUAGUAACUCAGGUCAGGUGAUAACUGGAACAGGAUCUGUUAGAUAUAUAACCUGGCUGGUUAAAGGAUCUAUACUUUUUACAUGAAGGCAUCACAUGGUCUUGGUAAUAGUCUAAGCUCUUGUUUUAGAACAUUAAAAAUAUUGUUGAACAGUCUUGAAUGUUGGUCUUUGUGCAGAAGCAAGCUAGAGAGGAUCUCUGCUCUGUGAAGCUCCAGCAAUACUCAGAGAAGCGCCGCUGAAUAUAGUAUUUGUUCCUUACAAAUCUAUGAAGUAGCAUUUUUUCCCCAAAGUAUUAAAUGAUUUUGAGACAACUUA